AUGUCUGCGACAGGGACAAGAGACAUGGCGAUCGCCAACUCAGUGGUGGACCUGAUCACGUUGAGAGAUCAGUCCAGGAAGGAGCUGACAGAGUGUAUCAACAAGAUGAAGGGGCCGAAGGCGCUGGUGCUGGACCCUUCGCUCAGCGGCCCUCUGGGCCUCAUUGCGGAGAAGCAGCUGCUGAAAGAGCAUGGGGUAGAGAAGACCUACCACCUUCGGAGCGAGCCCUUUGAGACCGAUCAGCGACGCGUCAUGUUCCUGGUGCGAGACAAGAUCUGGAACAUGAAGGCGAUAGCGAAGCAGGUGAAGUUCAACCAGAGCAACAGGCAGAAGCUAGAGUACUGCGUCAUCGUCGUCCCUCGUAGGACCAUUGUCUGCGAGCGGGUGCUGGAGGAGGAGGGAAUAUACAACGACGUGCAGCUGGGAGAGUUCGACCUCGGACUCAUCCCCUGCGAGGACGACGUCAUCUCUAUGGAAUACCCCGACGCUCUUCGAGAGUGCCUCUGCGACGGCGACUUCUCUUCCCUAUUCUACGCUGCUCGCUGCAUCCGCAAGCUCGAGAGUAGGUUCGGCAUAAUCCCCACCAUCAAGGGGAAGGGAGCGAGCGCGAAGAAAGUCGCCGACAUCAUCGUGCGCAUGCGGCGGGAGCUGCCGGAGGAGAGCUGUGGGGAAGGGGAGGAGCAGGAGAUCGACGAGCUGAUCCUCGUGGAUAGAGAGAGCGAUCUCGUUACCCCCAUGCUCACUCAGCUCACGUAUGAAGGCCUCAUUGAUGAUAUCUACGGCAUCAGCAACGGCAUCGUCGAGCUACCCUCUGAGCUGAUCAGCAGCGCUCCCCAGGUGGGGGACAAGAAAGCGAGAGUCAAGGUUCAAUUCAACUCCAGCGACCAGCUCUUUGCUCUGCUCAGGGACGCAAAUUUCGAGCAAGUUGGCUCGAUCGUGAAGAAGAGAGCGACGUUUUUGAAGGCAGUGCAAGACGAGAAAGACUCGCUGCAAGGCAAGAGUGUCACAGAGAUCAAAGAAUACGUCAGAAAGCUCAAGGAAAUCAAUAUCCAACAAGAGAAGAACUUGUUGAGUUUGCACACGAGCAUUGCGCUAGAGAUAAAAUCGCUCGUGACGAGUUGCUUGUUCUCGGUAAACUCCUUCCCCCUCGUGUUGUCUUGUAACAUUCCGAUCAGAGAAGGUUGGAAAUGGAGCAAGGGAUUCUUCAAGGAAGAAUCG